AUGCUCUUGAACUUUGAUAUCUCAGAUGAUAAGCAGAACAAUGAUUCCAGCAAGAGGAAGCUAACAGUUAUCGUUGUUGGCUCUAUAUUGUUCAUCAUGAGCCUAAUAUUUGGACUGAAAUCAUUUCUAUGGAGAAAAAAACUUGUGGAGACAGAUAUAUUUUGGUUGAAGCAGCGUGAUCACAAACGGGAAAAGGAGGAUAUGGACCUCCCAACAUUUGAUUUAUCAACCAUAGUUUGUGCCACUGAUCAAUUUUCUAGCAGUAAUGAAUUGGGAAAAGGUGGAUAUGGACCAGUUUAUAAGGGUGUACUUGCAAAUGGGACUGAGAUUGCCGUAAAGAGACUUUCCAAGAACUCUGACCAAGGACUGCAGGAGUUCAAAACGGAAGUUCAGCUAAUUGCAAAACUUCAGCAUCGCAACCUUGUAAAACUUCUUGGUUGUUGCAUUCAGCAAGAAGAGAAACUUCUGAUCUAUGAGCUCAUGCCCAACAGAAGUUUGGACUAUUUUAUUUUUGGUCCAUUCCUUUACUAUCUUGAAUUUGUGCUUCUUUUUCUCAGUUGUCGUCUUGUAGAUAAUCAUGUUAACAUUUGACGUUCUCAACAUGA